UGCGUCGCCGUGAUCAAAACGCGACCCCCCAGUAAAAUGGCGCCUCCACCCCGACACACAACAAUCUGAACCGAAUCUGUGGCACGGUGAUCAAUAGGGGAAGUGCGUGCGAUUUUGAAUUAUUCUACAAUCACGCCGGGGAUAAGGAGAAUGAGACAGUGAAAUGCAGACAAGUCUUCCCAACUACACAACAAACUCCUGCAUUAAUUUAUGACGUCCCAAAUAACGAUAAAGAACAGUUGCGAUGGGGGCCCAUACAUUUGUCCGCCGCCACGUGAGUGUUGCGGACAAGAAUGCUGCUACCUCGCAAGUCCCGGCCUGUUCCGGCCCACCUCCAUACAAUCAAACACGUUCAACCCCCUGUUCCACUGGUACUUCUGGCUGGCGGUCACCGUCACCGUGACGGGCAUCCUGUGCGCCUGCUCACUGUGGCGCAAGCACGGCCAGGGCGGCCUGUGCUGCCGGGACACGAGCAGGGACGAGCGGGCCUCCGAGCCGGACUCGAACGGGUCGUGCUACGCGCCGCCGCAGUACAGCCGUUGCAACAGCUUCUAUCAGGCGCCGCCCCCCUACUCGGAGGUGGCCUCCAAGCCGGACCGUUAUCCCAUCGUGGUCAGCUACGAGUCGGAGCCGGCUGUGAAAAGCAACAGUUCCACCGGUUACCUCAUGGUUCAGUACUUCCGGAAGCUGAUAGUACGACCUGUUGGUGAACGUUCCUUAUCUGCUACGAGCACUAACGAUUCAAUAAACUCCAGUUUUAUAUGCAACGUAGCAAUUGAAGCAAACACAAUAGUUCCGCCUCCGUAUUCGAGUACAGGUAGUCUAGACGAAUUAGCGAGUGACAAGCAGUGCGCAAAGCAGCCAGACUCUAGAGCGCUGGCGCAUUCAGCUUCGCAGCUGCAAGAGGUGUCGGUAGAUAGCGGCGCCACGUCAGCGAACAGUGCCCAAUCGAUUGCUGAAACCGAAAACCCCAUGCCUAAUCACCAAUUGCCUUCAACGCAGAUUGUCGCAUCAGUGCGGGACGAGAACUCAUCGAAUAGCAACAAAGCCGUUGUGCCAAACGAGGAAUCAUGCAACAGAACGGAUAGAUUAGUGUGCAGCAAAAAUCAAACGAACUGUGAUGGCUCGCCGGCGCACAAGAACAGGAAGAAGCUGCUGAAGGAGCGCAGCUCGGACUCGGAAAGUCAGGAGGACAACUUCUCCGACCUCCUCAACCUGUCGGUCUGCCUGCCGAGCAACGUGGUCUACUUGAAAACCCCGAUACACUCCAACCCGUUGCUGCAGGAGUUGCACUACAGCGUCACCACCAGCAUGACCGGCUCCGACGUGAGCAGUCUGGCCAACUUGGACACGCCGGAGUCGCCGCCUCGGGCCACCAGCCCCACGGCGGAGAUGAAGGAGCUGCUGAACAAGAUACAGAGCUUGCCGCAGCAGAAGACGCUCGUGUUGCCGGGUCAGGAGGUGAGGCCUAGCAAGAACUACUUCCACAAGGUUAGGGCGAAGACGCUUUACAUGCCGCUGAGUGGGACGACGACUAACAAAACCAGGAACCCACCAAACGUGUCUUCGAGGAGAUGGCUGUCGCGUUCGGCUCCGAACACCCCCUGUGCCAAUUACGUUCCGAUAUUCCCAGUUCACAAGGCCACAAACACCGUUGGUACAAUAACGGAUGGCAGUCCCUUGCUGGCCGAACAGGACGAUCCGGAAGACGAUCCCCAGAAGGACGAAUGCCUGUGAAUCUCGUCACAUUAAAAUUGAACUAAUUAAUAAAUAUUAUUAUAGUGCAAUUGUAAAUUAUAUAAUGAAUAUAUUUUUGCUGUUUUGUCAUACGCAUAUAUUCUUAUGUAAACGAAUAAAGAUUUUACGUAACUAGUAUUAAAUUGUACCUAUUUCUUG